AUGGGUGCUGGUCAUAACUCAUCACCUCUUCCCUUCCCUCUUCGCCUCUCCAUUCUUCCACACUCAGAUUCAGCCCCUACCUUCAAGAUCCAGGGCAACUACCUGACGGGCAGCAUGCCGGCAGCGCUGCCGGCGUCCCUCAAGUACCUGGACGCAUCAGGGAACUACCUGGUGAGAAAGUGGUUGAACAAGGGGGAGGAGGGGGGACAUGUGUGCAAGAAGGCCUUGCACGAGUGCCUGCCCCCUGCGGCGCUACUGAGUGUGAAGGCAUCGCUGGGAGUGUCAUUCACCAGCUGGGCGGUGAGCUCGCCGUGUGCCGUGGAGGGAGUGGCAGCACCGCCAGGCGCGUGGUCCAACGUCCUCUGCAACUCUGCCUUCAAACCCGUCUCCCUGUCAGUCACCCGUCUCCCUGUCAGUCACCCGUCUCCCUGUCAGUCACCCGUCUCCCGCAAGCUGUCGGGGCAGAAGCUGGCAGGAAAGAUGCACUCUGACAUCUCCAAGCUCUCCACCCUCACCUCCGUUGAUUUCAGCAGCAACCUAUUGCAGGGGCGUCUGGAUGCAUUCACAACCGACUUCAAGGCGCUCACCUCGCUCAAGCAAGCAACUUCCCACAUCCGCUCCCACAUUUUUACCACUUUUCCUUUCAUUUCCGCUUGGACGCCUACCCCCACCUGCCCUCCCCUCGCAAUCCUCAACUUCAAUCAACCUCAACUGGGUCUCGCCCUCCAACAAUUCCGCCUCGCCCAUGGCAGCAACUUCAACUUCAACUGGUUCGCUGGGUCCAUCCCCUCUGCCCUUGUGGGCAUCACCUCCCUCACAUCAUUCGGUGCGAGCUACAACUACCUGUACGGCCCCGUGCCCAAGCUCGGCACGGCUCUCAAGACCAUAGACCUGCAGAAGAACUGGCUGUCCGGCACAUUCCCCGGCACUGGCUUCCUCUCCUGCUCUGCCUCCUCCAACUGCUUCGCCAACUCAGGCGCAUGCAACACCACAGGCACCACGCAGCGCCCAUUGGCUUCUUGCGCCGUCUGUGACUCUCCCACUGGGGCUGAUCCCAUCUGUGCCGGCGGCACCUGUGCUCCCAACACUGCCGGCCCUCUUGCCUCCUCCACCACCCCCACCACCUCGUCUCCCAUUCUCCCGCGCUUCUGUGUGGGUGUGCCUUUGAACGCAGUGCAAGCCGCCAUUCUCCUCUCUGUGAAGACGGCUCUCGGGGUCACCUUCACCGAGUGGUCUGCCAGUACCCUUGCAGUAGCCCCCAAGGCCAAGCCCCUUGUCAGAGAAUCCAGGAACGGGCUCAAGGCGAUGGGGCGGCGGCGCUUGGCAGAGAGUGAAGCGGGCAGGGAGAGGGUGCUUCUGGUGGCUCCCCCCUCGCCUUUAGGGCAGGCGGGUCUGUGCACGAUUCAAGGCCAGACGCCCGUGCCUGGCUCCUGGCCGGGCGUGUUCUGCUCUUCUGCUGGCAUGGUUGUUGGCCUCACCACUCUGCCUUCCAAGUUCUCUCUCUAUCUCUGCUGCUCCCUCCGCCCCUGUUGCCCCCUCUGUCCCUUUUGUUCCCUCUGCCUCUGCGCCCUCCCUGCCUCUGCUGCUCCCUCUGCCCCUGCUGUGCCACGGCACGGCCCCCUCUCUGUGGUGGGCAGGGAUCUUCGGAGUGACCUGCUGCGAGGCACCGUGCACGCCGACAUUUCCAAGCUCACCACACUCACUGCGCUCUACCUGUCAUCCAAUCUGUUUUACCAGCGUCUUGACUCCUUUGUGGCUCCUAUCCUGCCCACGGCCUCUCUCAAGGAGUUGGCGGUGAGCUUCAACUGGCUCUACGGCUCUGUGCCAUCCAAGCUCCUCACCAUGGCCGCCCUCUCCAAUCUUACACACGGCCGUGCCCCCACCUUCUCGUCCUUCCCUUCCGCCUCUGCUACUGCUGGUACACACGCUCCCGCCCCCACCUGCACUUCCUUUUUCUCUACCUUCGCUGCUGCUGUUACAUACGCUCCCGCCCCCACCUGCACUUCCUUUUUCUCUACCUUCGCUGCUGCUGUUACAUACGCUCCCGCCCCCACCUGCUCUUCCUUUUUCUCUACCUUUGCUGCUGCUGUUACACACGCUCCCGCCCCCACCUGCUCUUCCCUUUUCUCUACCUUCGCUGCUGCUGUUACAUACGCUCCCGCCCCCACCUGCACUUCCUUUUUCUCUACCUUCGCUGCUGCUGUUACAUACGCUCCCGCCCCCACCUGCACUUCCUUUUUCUCUACCUUCGCUGCUGCUGUUACAUACGCUCCCGCCCCCACCUGCACUUCCUUUUUCUCUACCUUCGCUGCUGCUGUUACACACGCUCCCGCCCCCACCUGCUCUUCCCUUUUCUCGACCUUCGCUGCUGCUGUUACACACGCUCCCGCCCCCACCUGCUCUUGCUUUUUCUCUACCUUCGCUGCUGCUGUUACAUACGCUCCCGCCCCCACCUGCACUUCCUUUUUCUCUACCUUCGCUGCUGCUGUUACAUACGCUCCCGCCCCCAUCUGCUCGUUCUUCCCUUCCGCGCCGGCAGCUACCAGUCCACACGCCCCUGCCCCCUUCUUCUCGUCCUUCUCUUCCCCUUCUGCUGCUGCCCUUGCUCCCACCUCCUCGUCCUUCCCUUCCGUGCCUGCCGCUUCUGGUUCAUCCGCCCAUGCCCCCACCUUCUCGUUCUUCCCUACCAAAUCUGGUUCCCGUUGCUCCUCGCUCUGCGCGGCUGACUUCUUCUCUGUGCUCCCUCAUUCCCCUGCUGCCUGCCUCUCGGACUCGGACUCCUUCUCCGCUCCUCCUCGUAAGCCUCUCUUUCCCCGCCUGCUUCCCCCCAUCGCCUUUCCCUCCUCUCAGGCGAAUAUUCCUGGAAUUGCCUUUCUCGCUUCCUCCUUUCCCGCUGCUGCCGGUCCUCUCUCUCAGGAAACUCUCUCCGUUCUUCCUGCCUUCUCCUCUGCCCCUCUCUCCUUCCAGUCCUGCUUCUCCCUUACUCCUGCACCAGGUUUCCGACGCCCUUCUUGCCUUCCCCUGUACCCCUCUCUUCCUUCAAAGUUUGAUCCCUUCUCCUUCUUACCCCGGUGGCACCAAUCCAGCCCAUGCUCAUGUUCCUCCCUUGCCCUUUCUGUCCUCCCUUCAGGCGACCUCUCACCCCUUCUGUAUUGCUCCUCCUCUCUCCAUUUCAGCUUCUCCUUUUCUUCGUCCCACGGCUCUGGCGAUCGCCGAGCUCCCAUCACCAUACGCCUCCUCCUCUCAGUUUCUGGCUGUGGCUCCGGCGAUCCGUCUUCCCCACGCAUGCGCCCUGUCGCGCGGUCAUUCUCCUUGCUCUUGCGGCGCCUCGCGCCACUCCCGCGCACCUCCCCUGGCGCGCGAUCUUCAUCCGCGCUGCUCCCCUGGCGCCUCGCGCCACUCCCGUGCCUUUCGUCAGCAGAACGCUCCGCAUCCGCGUCCCCGCGGCGCCUCGCGCCAUUCCCGCGCAUUUCACCGUCCGAUCCGUCUGCAUCUGCGCUCCCGCAGCGCCUCGCGCCAUUCCCGCGCAAUUCACCCUCCGAUCCGUCUGCAUCUGCGCUCCCGCAGCGCCUCGCGCCAUUCCCGCGCAUUUCACCGUCCGAUCCGUCUGCAUCUGCGCUCCCGCAGCGCCUCGCGCCAUUCCCGCGCACUUCGUCUGUCGAGCGACUCGAUCCCGUCGCCUUUCCGCACUCUUCGCGUUUCUCUCCGCGGUGCAUCUCGCCUCCCUCGCGCAUGUCGUCCGGCAAGCGAUCUGCUCCCGCGUCCCUUGGAUCAUCUUCCGCCGUCUCCUCGCCGUCGGCCUCGUUUGCCAACAUCAGCGAGUCCGGAUCGCUCCUCGACGGCUGGGGUCCUGGCGCCGAUCUCGUCUGCAGACCGAGCUCGCCUUCGCCGCGCCGUCCGUCGCUGGUUGCCAUCCGAUCCACCCGAUCCGCCUCUCUCCUAGGCGAGCGACCUGGCGAUCUUCCCCGCUCCUUUGAGCGCAUCCUUCGCGGCGGUGGUAACUCCCGACGCGACUCCUCCAUAACCCACCCCCCCCCUUGUUACCAUUCCUAUCUUAUUUUCUCCCUUCCAUUUUCCCACCUUUCUUCCCUCCUCUUCCCUCCUCGUCCCCCCGCCAUCCCAACCACCAGUCGCUUCAGCUACAACUAUCUGACAGGCACGCUGCCCAAGCCUGGUGCCACCCUCAAGGGUCUCAGCACGCAGGCCAACUUCCUCUCGGGCACUUUCCCCACGGCCACACUGGCAGCCUGCAACGCUCGCCUCAACUGCUUCACUGAUGCCUCAGGCUGCUUCAACCUGGAUGGAACGGAGCAGAGGACAGCAGCAGAGUGCAGCAUGUGUGGGUCACUAACCAAGAAGCAGCAGACGCUGUGUGGAGGCGGCAUCUGCUUGCCCAUCAUCUCUCCUUCCCUCGCCAAGGUUCCCAACAGUGCUUCUGCUCCCAUCCUCCCGAUGACAUGUGCUGCCGUGCCCCUUGAUGCAACCUCCGCACUUUUGAGCAUAGGGGCGGCUCUCGGGGUGAGAGACACGGACUGGCGCAACGGCAGCAAGUGCAACAUUGAGGGGCAGACCGCCAACCCCAAGUCGUUUCUGGGCGUGUGGUGCAACGCCAACGGCACCGUCCUCUCCAUCGAUUUGUCCUACAAUCUCUUCUCUGGUCAGCUCUCCAAGUUCGUCUCCAACAUGCUGCCGCUGACCACCAUGGCCACUCUCCGGCUGGGAGCGAACUACCUGACGGGCACGCUGCCAGCCAUGGCCACGCAGCUGCAGGUGCUGGCCAUCGCCAGCAACCUCCUGGCGGGCGCCUUUCCCACGCAGCCCUUCCAGCUGUGCGACAUCCGCAGCAACUGCCUCUCCUCGCCGGGCUCCUGCGCCAACGAUGCCGGUGUGGCUCAGCGCACCUCCGGCUGUGCCUUCUGUGGUUCCGCCACGGGCGCCCCGCCUUUCUGUGCGGGCACCGCCUGCACUCCCGAUGUCGCUGCUCGCCUUGCUGCCGGCACCGUCAACACCCCUGCUGCCGCCCUCCUAGCAAUGUUCUGCCAGGCGGUUCCCGUUGAUGACAACUCCGGUGAGUGGGGAUUUAUAUCCCUUCGUGAUAGUUGA